UGCGUUGCAUUUUAAUGACUACGACUCUAUGAGCCAACAAAAAUUUAGGAGAAGAAACACAUCAAAAAUCCAGGAGUUAAGGAAAAAAAAAUAAAAAAAUGAAGGUAGGAUUAUCAAUGGAAGCAAGAGUAGCAACAACCUCUAUCCUCUUCUCUCAUCUCCACACUUCACUCCCUUCUCCCACUCUCUCUAAACUUCCAUUCUUAUCUAAAUCUUCAUCACCUUCUCAAUUUCAUCUUCGCAUUUCCAAUUCUACCCUUUCUUCUCCUCUUAAAUUCCCCCUUUACCCCUCAAAUACCCCCUUUACCAGGCCAAACUUUGAACUACAAUCUGCAGUUGAAGCAUUAGAGGAAAUUCCCAAUGAAACCCAGGAUAAUAAUGUUCAAAAGAGGAAACUUUAUGUGGUCAAUUUGCCCUUUUCUCUGUCUUCUGAUGAUUUGAAGAAGGUGUUUAGUGAGUGUGGUACUGUCAAGGAUGUUGAGUUGAUUAGAAAUAAAGAUGGGAAGAACAGAGGAUAUGCAUUUGUUACAAUGGAUUCCGGAGAUGAAGCUCAGGUUGUUAUUGAUAAAUUUCACUCCAAGGAAUUGUUUGGGAGAACUAUUAGGGUGGAGUUUGCAAAGAGUCUAAAGAAGCCUCGACCACAACCUCCUGCAGUUCAACCUGUUAAAGAGACAGUAUAUAAACUUUAUGUAUCCAAUCUCCAAUGGAAAGUGAGAUCCACUGACCUCAAAGAAUUCUUUUCAUCUGAUUUCACUCCUGUUUCAACUAGGGUUGUUUUUGAGAGUACUCCAUUUUUAAGAUCUGCUGGUUAUGGUUUUGUCUCGUUUAACACAAGGGAAGAUGCAGAGGCUGCACUCACUUCUUUGGAUGGGAAGGAGCUAAUGGGUCGUCCAGUACGCCUAAAAUUCAGUGAGCGGAAUAGUGAUGGUGAUGCUACAAAUGAAGGAGAAGAAACAAAUUUGGAUGAAUCUUCAGCUGUGCUUGGUGAAAAAGAACUAUCCGAAGAUCAGUCUGACAAGUCAUAGAGAGAAAAAUCUUCCACUUGGGCAUGCUUGAACAUUUGCGAAAAGAAAACCUUUUCUCCUUUUGAAGUCGAGAUAUGCAGUCGUGUUCACUGAGAUCUGGUCUGUACAUUUUUGCUCUAUUCCAUUAUUUUUCUGUAGUAGAUGCUUAUGCAAUCUAUGUCAUAAUCUUUUAUAACUCAUACGCAUUACCUUAUAUAAACCUAGUGUAGAACCUGUAAUUGCAUCCCAACUUUUCAUAGGUAUACAAGAUAUGUAUAAUUUUCUAUUUAUACAGACUUGUUGGGACUUGCAAGAAACACCGAAUUUUCUGUAUCCUCCUAAAGUCCUUAUAUUCAUAUGGGCAACGUUAGUCGGUUAGCCCUUAUUCCAGAAAUUGUAACUUGUUUUGCUUUCCUUAAUCUAGUUCACUUCAGGAUAUAAUUAUUGUA